UGAAUAUGCCUGUCGAGUCAAUCAAAGUUCUCACUUUAAACUGUUGGGGUAUCAUGUAUGUCUCAAAAAACAUCAAGGAAAGGUUUGAGGCGAUUUGCGAUCGACUCAAUGACAACGACUAUGACAUUGUUGGUCUACAGGAAGUUUGGACUCAAGAGCAGUACAACAUGAUCAUAGAUAAAUGCAGUGAAGCCUUGCCUUAUAGUCAUUAUUUUCACAGUGGCAUGAUCGGGUCCGGACUCUGUGUUUUCUCAAAGCACCCGAUAACCCAUGCAAUGACCCUUCCUUAUUCGCUUAAUGGACGUCCCAAUGCAAUUACCCACGGAGAUUGGUUCGCCGGAAAAGCUCUUGGAUUUUGUCGAGUCCAUUUCGAAGACUGGAACCGUCAGUAUGCGUUUUUAGUCACUCAUACCCAUGCUGAGUACAGUUACAAACACUUGAAAAAAGAGUACAAGUUUCACCGAACAGCUCAAUUCUGCGAGCUGGCGAUGGCUGCUAAUAAUUUUACCGAUAUAAAAUCGAUUAGUGGGACUAUUUUAUUGGGCGACUUCAAUUGUAGACCGGACGGCUUAGGCUAUAAAAUAAUGAACGCAAUAAGUGGUAUGAACGAAAGUUGGACUUCGCUUCAUGGGGAUGAAAAUGACGUCAUUGCCACGACUAGUGAUCGACCCGACAACUUGUACACGAAACGACACCGAGCCGACUACGCGUUCCCGAACGGGCAACGAAUCGACCAGGUUUGGUUCUCGGGUAAACUUAAGCCGAAAGAGUGUCGCAUUAGACCGUGGGGUCAUGAAAUUAAGCCAAAUUCAAACAUUCCAUUUUCAGAUCACGAACCGGUUCAGGUAACUUUUGAUUGCAUAUCAGAAGAUGCUCAAAAAUCCGAAGUGAGCGCUGAACAAAUCGAAGCUUUGGGAGCUGAAGUUAGUGAAAUCUUCCGAAAUGGCAUGAACGAUUUGAAUAAAUACCAAGUAUGGGCAGUGAUUAUUCUUGGACUACUUUGCGCAGUAUUGUACGCAGAUAUAUGUUUCGUAGUUCUCCCAUUUAUGUUGCAGUAUAUGAUAGCACUGUUGUUGAUCGUAGUGUUGGCGUUUUAUGUUUUCCAAUUGAUGUUCACCAUUCCUUGUGAGGUGAACAAAUGUGUAGGAGCUAUUGCAAAUGUGGCUACUUGGCCCUCAAACCCACAAAUUUUGCGCCACAAUAACUCGAAUUAAUUUGGCACAAUAGAAACAAUCGUAUAUAUUAUUGCCAGAGGAGGUUUUCAAAUUAUUUAAACCAAGUUUUAGAAAUUAUAAUAGAUUAUAGAUUAUUAUAAGCCAGUAGAAUUUUUGAACCGAA